GUGUUUGCGGCAAGACACCUAGAGGUAGAAAGAGGGAGCAAAGGGAAGGAGGGGGUGUCGAGUUUGAGGGACACGGGGAGGCUACAUCGGGAUUAAUACUGUAGUUUCGAAUCCAAGUUCCCAGAGAGAAACACGAAUAAAAGCGUUAAGACAACUUGUGAAAGAAGAGACUUUUUUUUAAAACUGACUACAAAAUUAUACUAUUCCGCCAAGCUGAACUGUUAAUUCUGCGUAAAGUGCCCUAUGUGGACAUUUCUUGACCUCGUAAGAAGAUUUAAUUGACAAUCGCAAGAGACACUGAAGAACGGGGAUUACAAUGUUAAGGAUCCUGGAACCCUGGGUCACUUUGGUGGCUGUGUCCCUAAUGGCCGAAAGGGCGCUUUGUGGCUACGGGAUGAGCGUGUUCGCAGCCCAGACAUCUCCGCCGGAUCCAUGCUACGACGAGAACGGCAACCCCCGGAGGUGCAUCCCUGAUUUCGUGAACUCCGCUUUCGGAAAGGAAGUGCGCGUUUCCAGCACCUGCGGGAUGCCCGCCAGUAGAUACUGUGUGGUGACCGAGAAAGGCGACGAACGGAACAGGAACUGCUACACUUGCGAUGCCCAGGACCCCAAGAAGUCUCACCCACCGGCAUAUUUGACAGACCUCAACAACCCCCACAACCUCACGUGCUGGCAGUCGGAAAACUACGUGCAGUACCCACAAAACGUCACCUUGUCAUUGUCGCUGGGCAAGAAGUUUGAGGUCACCUAUGUGAGCCUUCAGUUUUGUUCCCCACGACCUGAAUCCAUGGCCAUCUAUAAAUCAAUGGACUAUGGAAAAUCGUGGGUGCCCUUUCAGUUCUACUCAACACAGUGUAAGAAGAUGUACAACAGAGCGAACAAAGCAACAAUCACUAAGCAGAACGAACAAGAAGCCGUUUGCACGGACUCUCAUACGGAAAUGCAUCCUCUUUCUGGGGGUCUUAUAGCGUUUAGUACCUUGGAUGGUCGACCCUCGGCGCAUGACUUUGACAACUCUCCCGUCCUUCAGGACUGGGUGACAGCCACCGACAUAAAGGUGACAUUCAACCGGUUGCACACUUUUGGCGAUGAGAAUGAAGACGACUCGGAAUUGGCGCGGGACUCUUAUUUCUAUGCAGUUUCAGACCUGCAGGUCGGCGGGCGAUGUAAAUGCAAUGGACACGCUUCAAGGUGUGUAAAAGACCGAGAUGGAAACCUGGUGUGUGAGUGCAAGCAUAACACCGCUGGGCCGGAGUGUGACAGAUGCAAACCUUUCCAUUAUGACCGUCCAUGGCAACGUGCAACCGCUAGAGAAGCUAACGAAUGUGUCGCCUGCAACUGCAACCUGCACGCGCGCCGCUGCCGCUUCAACAUGGAGCUGUACAAGCUGUCAGGUCGGCGGAGCGGCGGAGUCUGCCUCAACUGCCGGCACAACACUGCGGGUCGGCACUGCCACUACUGCAAGGAGGGUUACUAUCGGGACCUGGCCAAGAACAUCUCGCACCGCAAGGCCUGCAAAGCGUGCGAGUGUCAUCCUGUGGGAGCUGCUGGCAAGACCUGCAACCAGACCACGGGCCAGUGUCCCUGUAAAGACGGCGUGACCGGAAUCACCUGUAACCGAUGUGCUAAGGGUUACCAGCAGAGCCGCUCACCCAUCGCACCCUGCAUAAAAAUCCCGGCGGGUCCCCCCUCGACCUCGGUGAGCAGCACGGCGGAGCCAGCAGACUGUGACACCUACUGCAAGGUGACCAAGGGAAAAAUGAAGAUCAACAUGAAAAAGUACUGCAAGAAAGAUUACGCUCUUCAGGUGCACGUCCUGAAGGGAGACAAAGUCGGCGAAUGGUGGAAGUUCAUCGUCAAUGUGAUCUCCGUCUACAAGCAAGGCAGCAGCCGCAUCCGACGCGGCGACCAACCCCUGUGGUUGAGGGCCAAGGAUGUGGCCUGCCGAUGCCCCAAAAUCAAGCACGGGACAAAGUACCUGCUCCUGGGUAGUGACGACGGGGGAGACGGCUCUCUUGAGCGCGGCGGGGGCGUCGUGGCCGACAAGGGAAGCCUGUUGGUCCAGUGGAAGGACACGUGGGCACGGCGUCUCAGGAAGUUCCAGCAACGAGAGAAGAAAGGCAAGUGCAAGAGAGCCUAAAGGUGACGGAUCCGGCCCAGAGCGAGCCAGGGGAGGCCAGGAGCAAGGGAGGGAGAGACAGGCGGAGACAGGAGUGCAGGAACAGGAGGAGACGCACUCCACUGCCUUGUGUAGAAACAUGAAGAGAAUUUUAGGGAGAUUUUGUUAGUACCUUUUGUGAAGGAGAUUCACUAUGCGGCUUUGUUCUUCUCUUUGGGAAUUCACUUUCGUGGACUUGCUGAGUUUGCACCUAAUAUUACCAGUAUAUAAACCAGCGCAUUUUACAGAAUCACAUAAUGCGUUAAUGGAAUGAAUCAAGCUGCUGUAUCGCAUUUCUGUUUCUUAGUUAUAUCUAUUUAAGUACAUCAUGAAUACAUAGCAUUGAGAAUUUUCCUAUAGAGUCAGGGAGGUAAAUCAAGUGUCCUUUCUGAGUGACCUUUGGGUACCAGGAAUCACUGCCAAUAAGCUGUUCCAACAGGAAUGGUAUGUAAAACUCAAAACCUUUAAAAAAAAAAAACCUCAGAGUUGACUUCAGUUUCCGUGUCAGGUGACAAGACGAGGGGAAAAAAACAGUCACUACUCAACUUCCCUUUGAUCAACGACCCUUGGAGCAAACGACGCCUCAGACCUUUUAACUCAUCUUGUGUAACUUUUCAAAGAAACUCUAACAAAUUUUUUGUUCAUGGGAUUUUGAGCUGACAUUAGUCCACAUUGACAUAGGCAUUGAGAAUAUAAAUAGACGAAAAACAAAACGAUUCAGCCGGUCCUGCUUGUUUGGAUAUUCGGCAAGCGAAAGGUUAACAGAAUUUUAUCUAAUGCUGAUGUAAAUAAACAGACUGGCUGUGCCUCUGAUACGCUACUCAGAAGUUUGACAAACCCUGAUCCCCUUCUGUAAAUGUUUUCCUUGUACAAGCUGCACCCACAUUUGUUGAGUCCACACUCACUAUUUCAAACACGUGAGCACGGACACCACUGCUGACUAAAACAAUGACAGUCCGUCAAUUCCGUCGGCUUGCAAACAAUCAAAAGAAAUGAAAAAUGUUAUUUUCCAGCUCAUCAGUGUUUCCACGUACAAAUUCAGACACAAUUUCAUGUAGAUGUCCCAACACAGCAAAGCUAUAUUUUCAGUUUUUAGUAGACAGUAGAGGGUUAUUUUAGAACAGCUCACUCCGUGACCAAACCUUUACAGCACAGAUGUUUGAAUUCUUGUUGUUUUCUCAAUAAAUUCACUAAACGAGAUUUAGUUGUGGCCACUACAGAAGGCCAUUAUGUGUUCUGUGAUGCAUAUUACGACUAAUAUAUUAUGAUAACGAUGUAUGAAUAUAUUUAAUGACAAAUCAAGUACAUAUGGCUCAUUUUUUCCAUCUGUUUUAUAUAUAUAUACAUUUUUGUUGUUUUGAUUAUUAGAAGACUGUGAUUAAAAAUAAACAACAAGGUUUCUAACUACUGAACACCACCUGGGUAGUGCUAAAUCGAGAAAUCUAUCGAAAUAAAG